AUGGCCAGCAAGGGCUUCCUUGCAUGCAAUCCCUUCCGAGAGGUUUGCUGUUCCAACAGCACAGCUGAACAUAGCGAUGUCUAUGAUGGAGCUCAAAGUCAGACCCUCAUAUAUGGGGAAGAAGAUGUUGCUCCAGCACCUCAAGUCGCUGCCAAGGUUGAAGGCGGCACGAAGUUCGCUGACCUGGUAGAGAAACCAGAGAUGGAAGUGGAAGGUGGAGCCAGAUACAAAGGCCAAUGGCGAGGUAACAUGAGGCAUGGCCACGGAAUCUUAACUCGAGCUGAUGGCCACCGCUACGAAGGGGCGUGGCUGGAUAAUCGAGCGCAUGGCCAUGGAACCUUUACGGAGUCUAGUGGCACUUCCUAUGAAGGGCAGUGGCACCAAGACCAGAAGCAUGGGUAUGGAAAGUAUGUUCAUAUUGACGGGACCACCUACGAGGGUGAGUGGCACUCCGAUGAGAAGAGUGGUCGAGGGAUUGAGACCUGGUCGGACGGGGCACGCUAUGAGGGCGAGUUCCUGCAUGGGAGCAAGCAUGGUGUUGGAAUCUACAAGUCUGGCACUGGCGUGCAGUACGAAGGACAGUUCCACAACGAUCAGAUGGACGGGGAAGGCACUUACCGCUUUGCCAAUGGCCGGGUCUAUGUUGGCCAAUGGGCCAUGGGUCACAUGAGUGGCUACGGCAAAAUGGAGAUGCCAGACGGGUCCAAAUACGAAGGAGGUUAUGAGAGGGACAUGAAGCAUGGUGAGGGCACCUUCACCUGGGCCGAUGGCCGUGUCUAUCAGGGCCAAUGGAGAGCUGGUAAGCAGGAUGGGGCUGGUGUCCUGAUCGACACCAACGGUCGGCAGACAAAGGGCUACUGGCGAAUGGGUGAGCGGCUUCGAUCACCUGAGGGCUGA